AGAGAGAGAGAGAGAGAAGAAAGUGGUGGCGGUGGCGGUGAAUCUGCUUGUUUGUAAUGGAGUCUCCUUCCCCCGUCCAUGUGCCCAGGUGGACUCCGAGAUCGAGUCCCACAAUUUCAUUCCCGCCUUGCGAGGAAGCCAACGAAGAUGAUGAAAUACAGGGCUCGGCUUCUGAAGGAGAUGACGAUGGUCUGUCCACUGGAGGCCACGGCGUUGUCUUUCCAUUCGGUAUCGGCUUCGCCGCUGUUCGAGAUGCCCAUGAUGAUGAAGGAGCGCGACCUGAUCUGUUCACGGGAGAGCACGACGACGGAAGCGGGAUGUUCUUGAAGUGGAAGGACUUGUGGGUGACGGCGCCGGACCAGAGAAACGGGACGCAUCCCAUAUUGCAGGGGCUCACCGGGUAUGCCGAGCCGGGUCGGAUGCUGGCCGUCAUGGGUCCUUCCGGCUGUGGCAAGUCAACUCUCCUCGAUGCCCUUGGAGGGAGAUUAAAUUCAAGCACUCAACAGAAAGGAGAGAUCUUAAUCAAUGGUCGCAAACAACCACUUUCUUUCGGAACUUCCGCUUAUGUGACUCAGGAUGACACACUAAUAACAACUCUAACGGUGAGAGAAGCCGUGUGCUACUCAGCUCAGCUCCAAUUGCCAGAAUCCAUGUCCAAAUCGGAGAAGAAGGAGAGAGCUGAGGCGACGAUUAGAGAGAUGGGAUUGCAAGAUGCGAGAGAUACUAGGAUAGGUGGGGGUAGCGCCAAGGGCCUCAGCGGUGGCCAAAAGAGGAGGGUCAGCAUUUGCAUUGAGAUCCUGACACGCCCGAAGCUCCUCUUCCUUGACGAGCCGACCAGCGGGCUUGACAGUGCGGCAUCAUACCAUGUGAUGAACCGCAUUGCCAAGCUGGCCCAACAUGACCGGAGGACGGUGAUUGCCUCGAUUCAUCAGCCUAGCAGUGAAGUCUUUGAGCUUUUCCACAUUCUCUGCCUUCUUUCUUCUGGGAAAACAGUCUAUUUUGGCCUUCGAUCAGGGGCAGAACAGUUUUUUGCAUCAAAUGGUUUCCCAUGUCCAACUCUUACAAAUCCAUCGGAUCACUACCUCAGGACAAUUAACAAGGACUUCAAAUUAGACAUUGAACAAGGAGGCCAUGGCAUGAAUGCAGAAGAAGUCAUUGAAACUCUGGUCAAAUCUUAUGAGUCAUCUCUGAUGCGUCACCAAGUUUGGUGGCAAGUGUCCAAAAUAUCCGGAAAGAAUGUUGGCGGAAAUUUGGGAAGAAAUGGAAGUCAAGCAAGCUUCAUUACCCAGAGCAUUGUUCUGACUAAGCGAUCGUUCGUGAACAUGUAUCGUGACUUGGGGUAUUACUGGCUUCGUUUAGCAAUCUACGUUGCAUUGUGUCUGUGUGUUGGGACUAUCUUCUACGAUAUCGGAUCCACCUAUGGCUCAAUUCAGGCAAGAGGUUCGAUGCUAAUGUUUGUUGCGGCAUUUCUUACUUUUAUGGCAAUCGGCGGUUUCCCCUCCUUUGUUGAGGACAUGAAGGUCUUUGGGCGAGAGAGAUUGAAUGGGCAUUACGGUGUCGCGGCAUUCGUUAUAGGCAACACAUUUUCGUCCAUCCCUUAUCUACUAAUCAUCUCUCUUAUCCCAGGAGCCAUUGCUUAUUACUUGGUUGGCCUCCAAAAGAGUUUUGAGCACUUUGCCUACUUCGCUUCAGUGCUCUUUGCGUGCAUGUUGCUAGUCGAGAGCUUGAUGAUGAUCGUGGCAAGUAUAGUCCCAGACUUCCUCAUGGGGAUCAUAACUGGUGCUGGAAUUCAAGGUGUGAUGAUGCUAAAUGGAGGGUUUUUCAGGUUGCCAGAUGAUCUCCCCGAGCCAUUCUGGAGAUAUCCCAUGUAUUACAUCUCGUUUCAUAAGUAUGCCAACCAAGGUUUCUUCAAGAAUGAGUUCGAAGGAUUAAUGUUUCCCAACCAGAUGGCGGGGUCACCUACAAUUGGUGGUGAAGAGAUCUUGAGAAACUAUUGGCAAGUGGAAAUGGGCUACUCCAAAUGGGUGGAUCUUGCUAUCUUGCUUGGCAUGGUGGUCAUUUAUAGGCUCAUGUUUCUUGGAAUAAUAAAGGCGGCGGAGAAGAUGAAGCCGCUGGUGAAAAACUUUAGGGCUAAAUCUCCUAACCCAUACAUGUCACGGAGAAUCAUUCUUCAACGCCCUGAUAUGUUAGCAAGUUAG